CUUUCUCGCACCACACGCGAGUGAUGGCCGCUCGAUGAGAUGGGGGUGUUGAUGGUUCUUGUAGAUGACAGGGAAUGUGGAAUUGGACCUCCAAGAAACUUUCGAGGGUAUAGGUGGCAUUUUGAUGUUCCAAAGGAAUUCUUAUGAGAACCAGCGGAGUUUUUGCAGUCGUGGCUUGUUUCGAGGGGAAGUUGACCUGUGCUUGGUGCCGUUGUUUCUUCAGUUUAGUAUGCCGAAGUGCUGCUGCUUUGCACAAGGGCGGUGCGAUCGGUGUGAACGCCUUCUGCCAGGGUGGUGCUUUGCACAUGGACACCGGUCCUUUUUAAGGUCUGCGCAUGAGGUGGGGGGCAAUUUCACUGCUUGCCCGUAAGAUUUGCCCAUGCAAACAUGCCCGUCUUUUGGGAGAGUCCUGGGUGUUUCUCACGGAUUUCCAGUGGCCCUCCCUGAAAGAGAUACAGCUUUUGAGCCAUGCGCACUCCCUGUGCGGGCUGCGCCUUUCUCCAAGAUGUGUUUUCAUUUCAUGGGGAGCCAAACAAGCUAAGGACCGCCACUACCCAGAGAGGGCCCAAGGCCCUUGCCAGCUACCCACGCUGUGCAAAGUGGAAGGCAACCUUCAAAGAGAGAUGGACUCCAAGUAUGGCUUUUAUUUGCACGUCUACGCGGAUCCGGCAGCGGUGAUCUUCCAGGUGCGCCAGCUGCGCAAGUUCUUCCCCAGGUCGCCUAUCCACGUGAUGAGUGAUGGCGGGAUGGACUUCAGCCCUCUCUGCAAGCAGCAGGGCUGUACCUUCGAGCUUUGCCCACCCGCCAAUGACCGUUGGCACCCUUGGCCGUUUCUGAAGCGUUUGCUCCUGGCCACCCUGAGCCUCAAGACGGACUUUGUCAUCAUGCUGGAGCCUGACAACACGAUCCACGGCCCCAUCAAACGCGAGCCGAAGCACGAUGCAGGAGGGAUCUUCGUGGAAGAUCGGGCCUUUGGCCUCGUCGAGUACGUGGAGAAGCUGGCGCAGGAACGGGUGCCAGGCUUCAAGUGGACGCGCACGGCCAUGUCUGCUGGCUUGGCCGGGGGCGCCUACUUUCGCCGGGAGGCCAUCUUGGACGCCUUCUCGGACGAGAACAUGAUGAAGCUCGAUUGGAACAUGCUCGGCGAGAAGGCGACCAAGGAGAUCUACUCAUCGGACUUCGCGAUGCAGUACGCCUUGGCGGCGCGGGGCUGGCGGAUUGCCCCCUGGGAAGAGACGGCGCAGAUGGACAAGGAUAAGGAUGUGCCGCUGACGGGCCCGAAGGACGCAGCGUUCCGGCACUACUGCUCCUGCUAUCCGGGAGGAAAGCCCACCUACAACAUCCGUCUGAAGAAAGAGGAUGCGAAGUUGGCCCUGGACCAGCCAGCGGAGUUUUCCAAAGUGAACUCCGUGUGCCAGCUCUGCUACAACUUGUCACGCUAUGUGGCACUCUGGGGAUCGGCGCGGUGUACCAACGAGAUCCCCUUCUCCUACUCGAAGCGUCUCUUGCAGAGGUACCAUCCAGAAGUCCUUCAAGGUGCCUGUGAGCUGCCCUGGCUCUGUACGCCAACAAAGCCUGACUAG